AUGACCACAUCAAAGGAUAAUAUCGACCUGGCAUUAAUUUCUCAAAAACACCUAUAUAAAGAUUUCAAGUUAGCUUAUCAGUACUACUAUCGCUUGAGAUCUGUAAUUAUGGCAGUGAAGAACAAGAAAGCCUCGGUUCCAGCCUCUCCAGCAGGUGUGGCCACGACUCCAAAAGGGAAACCACUUACGACAGUUGCAGUAGGGAAAGACUUUAGUGAUGCAUACUCGCUAGCGAUGAAGUCAUACUGGCUUCAAAUCUCGAAGGAUAAUCGUUUGAAGCUGAUUGAUAUGUUUUGUGUAUUCCUGGUUGCAAUCGCUGCUGUUCAAUGUUUGUUUAUGGUUGUUGUCAGAGAUACUUUCCCAUUCAAUGCAUUUUUAUCUGGUUUUAUCGCAUGCGUAGGACAAUUCGUUCUAUUGAUCAGUUUAAGGCUUCAAUACGUUGAUACUUUCAAGGGGAUUUCGAAAAAUAGGGCAUUUGGCGAAUUUAUACUGGCUAGUUUAGUGUUGCAUUUCAUUUGCCUACAUUUUAUUAAUUAG